AUUGACUGAUAAGUCGACACCAAUCACGCAGUAUAAGAGUCGUAGUAACUUCCUACAAACAAAAUCUGAGCAACAAUAAGGUUAGAAGAUAAAAAUGCGUUCAGAAAGCAAGAUUCAAAACCUCGAAAGGCACACCGAUCCUUCUAUGAUGUACUCAAUCGCAAGAUUCUUCGUUCUAUAUUUUACGACUCUAUUCUCCCUUGAUACUGUCUCCGCAGCGCGGUCAUCGCCUUUCAGCAUUAGCAAUCCACAAAUACCAGAAUCUAUGCGACGGGGCCGGAGUGAUUAUGGCGAAGGUCACAGCAUUGGCUACCGGCUCGACCCGGGCGGCCCAGCAACUCGACGAGGAGGGUUUAAUGGUGGCGGUUCUGCUUCAGACAUUAAUAUACCUGCGUGCAAAAAUUGUCCCACGAAUGCUGCACCAAAGCUUGGGUGAAUUGAGAAGGAUCUGAUUAGAUGCUCGAUAUCUCCCUGGAGAUGCUUAUCACUUCGGGAUUGCUUAAUAUGCCCAGCUGUAUCUGCAUUGCUUUUACGGGGCGGGAAGAUAACUAAGGCUAAUUAAUCUGUCGGAUUCAAACCAUCUCAGACACAGAAUUACUUUAAUUGGACUCAUUGAGCAAAG